CCGAUCCAGUCCGGGGAGCUGCCGGGCGGGUGGGAGCCGGUACAGGCGGCCGACGGGGGCCGACCCGACGCGAUGGCGCGCCGCCCCGCCGACCCUGACGCCGCAGGUCAACCGAGCCGCUAGAGCCGAUCUGCAAAAACUUCCUUUCACGGUACAAAUCAAGUCCACACAAAGUACGACCAAGAGGAGAUGAAGCACAGCUUCAAGGUCCUGCUAUCUAUGAAGAAGGAGCCCGGCGGACAGCCACUGUUCUAUAAAACGGACGGACAGCGCUUCAAGCGCGAGAAGACCAUCAAACUCAACAGCAAGUGCCAGUAUAGGAUGGACCUUUCCUUUACUCCACCCAGAGGCGUUGAAUCGGUGAACUUCAACGGUGGCCUGUUGGAGGUGCGCGAAGUGACACGGGACAGCACUGCCUCGGCUUACUCCAGCUUCUUCCACACCCAGGACUUCGAUCCCACUAAGAAGGGCCAGCGCAGGGAGGUGUGCGUCCUCAUCACGCUGAAGGAUGCCGGCGACCUGCGCCUGACGAUACAGCUGAAGUGUUACGACAAGGACAACGUGCAGCACAGCGAGUGGGGCUCUAACUUCCACUGCAUCGAGUACCUCUGCGAGGAGCUGGCUGACCCGUCCGCCGUCGAAGUGGUGAAGGAGACCUUCCGAUAAGGCCACGGUGUCAUUAGACGGUGUACCGGUGCGCUGACUAGUAGUGGUGGUCUUCUCA